UUGUAUGUCAUGUAAUGGUCAAAUUUAAGUUAUUCAAAAAGGGUUUAGAAGGUGUAAAAUGUCUUGUAAAAAAAGCCUUCAUCACAAAGCCAACGCACAGUAUGCCAAGGAUAAAUGUCUGCAAUAAAGAAUCUAGGAAUAGUGCAAAAUCAACAACAGUAGCGAGUGUUUCCAGUGCCGAGGGAUUUAUACCGUUAGCAGCAAGGGACUCGCAAUGGGUGGGCAUAGAAUUCUAUAAUCCCAACUUCCGAUCACCUCUAGACGAGGACGAUGACGCUGAAGAAUAUGAACUCCAAAAUCUUGCAGCCGAAGGCAUGGACGCUAUAUUUCAUCUGUUCCCUGGUUUGAAUAAACACGACAGCUUACUCAAAGAGCACGAUUCCUCUAGUACGACAGCCAUCACGAAAUUAUUGGUUGGGCAGAAGGCGGACUUUAGAAAUAUGAAGAGUUCUAGGAAAUUAUUGCCGACUGAUGUAUCUGAUGGAAGAUAAUUUAUUCAUUUCAUUUCU